CCUGGGGGAUACCAAAGUGUGCCCGAAUAGCGGAGAUCGCACUUCCAGAUAUACCAUUGCUUCAAGCCGCUAUUAUUCCGAAUGAUCGUCCCCGAGUGGUGCUUGCAUUUGGCAACAGGUCCUUCUGGAUAUGGGACACGAAUACAGGAAAGCAUGACAGUGCAUGCUUCGAAGGCCUUGAUAAAGAUGACAUUCCCCUUGCCAUGGCGGCUUCUCCGGAUGGCAAGCUUUUGGCGCUGGAAAUUGACGGCGACAUAGAUCACCCCACACAUUUCUAUGAUCUGAAGGGCCACGAAUUCAUUACUUCCAACAUGAAAUGUACUCAUCCAUUUGCAUUCUCACUGGACGGCAAGUUUUUUGCAGCCUCAAGCGUGCCCUCAGAUUCAAAGGAUGGCUCUUGUAAACCAAUUAUCCGUUCAGUGGAAGAGAUUCUUGGUCGCAGCCCUCUUGAUUUGUCCGCAACAAUUAUUCCAAAAGACAAAGGAAAACAACGCUCGUUAGGACUCAACCCAGCGUUCUUCGAUCAACCGCCACCUUCUGGCAAUGCAAAAGGUCGCCACAUUCGAUUUGGAUCUGGACCCUCGUCGAGCUCGGUUCACCAACAGGCUUCUACCGGUCGGGAACGGCGUGUCUCACCUCUUUCAAAAAUUUGGAAACAAAUUCGUCAUCCUCGGUCUCCCGAGGCAAGGGAAGCCCACCAGAUGUCCUCGAGAUCUGCCAAUCGGGAACGGCGCAUUCCACAUCUUGCCAACAUCUGGACGCGCAUUCGUCACCCUUCAUCCCACAGGGUGGCGUCGACUGUCGACGUACCAUUGGCACAAGCUAACAGGGAUUGUAGUUUCGCGUCCACCUCGGACAGCGACGGCUCAGUCUUCUAGUAGUACCAGGGAAAAUGCCCGAUCGCAGACGAUGUCGACUGAACAAGGCUCGGCACAAUCUUCUAGGCAAGCCGGUCGACCAGAACAUACACAAGACCAUAUCGAUGUAGAGGACCGGGCGAGCAUUGAUUCAGGGAUGGUCUAUGCGGAGCGUGAUACCCAGAGUGUCAAAGCGCAUGGAUGCUGGAAUAUUUUCUGGAAUUGGUUGUGCUACAAAGCGUUCUGAUAUUGCUCGUCUCCUGGUUGACUGUGUUCUAUGUA